AUGGGAGCUUUCGUAUCGAGGUUCUGGUUCAUGAUGUUUCCUGCAAAAGAGUACAAGAUAGUCGUUGUUGGUUUGGAUAAUGCUGGUAAAACGACGACGCUUUACAAGCUUCACUUGGGAGAAGUUGUCACUACUCAUCCUACUGUAGGGAGCAAUGUUGAAGAGCUUGUCUACAAGAAUAUCCGCUUCGAGGUUUGGGAUCUUGGUGGGCAAGACAGGCUAAGAACCUCAUGGGCAACAUAUUACCGAGGAACACACGCUGUGAUCGUUGUCAUCGAUAGCACAGACAGAGCCAGGAUCUCUUACAUGAAAGACGAGCUCUCGAUGUUGCUUGGUCACGAGGAUCUUCAAGGCUCGGUGAUACUUGUGUUUGCAAACAAACAGGACUUGAAAGACGCAAUGACUCCAGCUGAGAUCACUGACGCGCUUAACCUUCACAGCAUCAAGAACCAUGAUUGGCAUAUUCAAGCGAGUUGUGCUGUUACUGGAGAAGGAUUGUAUGAUGGUCUUGGUUGGAUUGCUCAGAAAGUUACCGGUAAAGCCACAAGUUAA